AUGAGUAAGAAGAACACACGAGACCCCCCAGUCAAGAAGAAUGCCUUCGUACACAAGUUGUACUCGAUGUUAAGCGACCCUAAGUUGUCCCAUUUGAUAUGGUGGACGACCAACGAAGAGCGGAAUACGUUUGCCUUGUUCCCAGGGAAAGAAUUUGCUACAGCGUUGACGGGCUACUUUAAGCACGGCAAUGUGGCCAGCUUUGUCCGUCAGCUCCACAUGUAUGGGUUCCAUAAGGUAUCGGAACCACAGUCCGGCAACGGAGGUUCUGAUAGCAACAACGGUUCGGUCAAUGGCGUGGAGAACCCGCCGGUCUGGGAGUUUAAGCAUUCCAGUGGUAAAUUUAAGAAGGACGACGAAGAUUCGUUGGUGUACAUUAAAAGAAGGUCUUCCUCGAACAGCUCCAGGAACGGAGGGGGCCCCAACGGCGGUGCUGGCGGUGCUGGUGGCUACCACGAGAACGCUGACGGUGUGAUGAUACCGGCCUCGACACCGUCGCCCAACUCAUACGAAGCACAGGCGCAUGCCCACUACAUAGCAGCCCAUGGUGUUGCACAGGCCACCGGCCCCCCAUCGUCUGGUGCCUUGCACCAUCCCUAUGGGUAUGGGCAGGCGUAUGUUCACAACGGACACAUGUACUACCAACCGCCAGUGCUUCAGCAACGUAUCGUGCACCCCCAAAUACAGCAUCCUUAUCCCCAGCCCCAGGCACACCCUCAGCACCCUCAGCAGCACCCUCAACAGCAUCCUACACAGCAGCAUCCUCCCCAGCAUCCUCAGCACUCCCAUCCCGUCCAGCAGCAUGCGCAGGGCCACCCUCAGGGGCAGGUACCGUACGGGAUCCAGCCAUACUACAGCCCGUCAGUGGACUCUAUACGGCAUUACAAUCGAGUGGACAGUCUACCCGUGGAGAAGGCGAGCAGAGUAGAGCCUUAUGGCGCCAGAUCUCAGUCUGAUCUGUACGCUCAGGGGCCCGGAAGCGUAGCGGCUCAGGCUCAGGCUCAGGCUCAAGCUCAAGCUCAAGCUCAAGCUCAGGCUCAGGCUCAGGCUCAGGCUCAGGCUCAGGCUCAGGCUCAGUCUGCCCAAUCUCACGCUCAGUCAAAUGCCCAGGCUAACGCUCAGGCGCAGGCUAAGGCUCACGAACAGGCUAGCGCAGCCCAGGCACAGGCUCCGUCGCAGGCUGGCUUUACCCCACAGUUUAGAAAGAUUUGGGACAAUGGCAAUGAAAUGAGGCCUAGAAACCCAUCCCUCCUCUUCGAUCCAUUGGCUCCGGUGCCACUCCAUCAUCACUACCACCAUCACCCAGCUGAAGCCAUGUCUAAUUUCUCGUCAUCGGCUCCCCCACCAUCCACCACGCCAAUCACGUUGCCGCAUCCUGUUUCCACCCCUAAUUCCAUGCCGCUUAACCACGCUAACGCAGCUUCUGGUGCCAAGCUAGGCUCACCUAAAUCACCUUCGGUAAGUCUGCCCGUUGGCCGGAACUCGAUUAAGCUUCCACCGCCUUCGAGUCUUCAAAGAGUCUCAUCCAACACAUCGACAUCCUCAUUGAUGUCUGCCACCCGAAGCUCUGGUGGUGAAGGACACGAGACAUCUAGCCAAAACAACAGCGUACCUCCUACUUCUGCGGCUACUGUACCAACCCCUAGCGGUGGACGUACGUUUCCCAAGUUCCACAGUCACUCUUCAUCUUCCUCGACCCCCCAACCACACCACCUCACUCGUAAUGCGGCUUCCAUUCCCACAUCUCCCUCAGUUCAUAAAAAACCAUCGUUUAUUCCGAUCAACUCCUCGCUUCAAGAACGUUUACGUCCUUCAUUGAUUGAGCUUCACCUCGGCCAGAAGAGAGUCGGUGUUGAACUAAACGCAGCCGAUUCUCUCGGGUCCCAGUCUUCAAACAACUCUAUAUUCUCAGAGAAAUCAUCACUCUCCUCAAUCUCGUCAUUCCAACGUCAAUCGUCCUUCGGAUCGAUUUCCCACCAUAGCCACCACAAGGAAGAGACACUUAUUGGGCCCCGCGACCCAUUGCCUCACAUGGAUCAACUCCCUCCUUUGCAAAACUUACAUAGUGGUACGCUGACUCCGCCUCCGUUGACUAAAAAUGGCGCAGGUUCGAUCACUUACUCUCCCAGACAGUCUGGAAGUAACGGAGUUCAGUUAACUAGAUUAAGAUCACUUACUACCUCCCCAUUUUCCAAAGCUAAUGACAAGGAGCAUGAGGCCACGUCUUUGUCCAAGAUCAGUGAAUCAGGAAGCAGUGUAGCUUCAUCCACACCAACUGUCAUCCACGAAGCAAGCCCAAUUGUGAACAAGGUAUCAGUAACUUCGCUUUUGUCCGAAGACAACAGUAAUGGAGGGAAAGAAACCCAAGAAAGAGAACUGGGAGCAUCUACACCUAGUGUUUCAAAUAUCAACAGUUUGAUCCACGCAGAAGAACAUUCCAGCAAAAGGCAAAAGACUUAG